AAAGCCCGGAACCCCCUGCGCGAGCCUCGUCGAUGGCCCGACUCCGCGAGCCCCUCUUCCCACUAUACGACAGGAAUGGUCUAUCUCGCCGCGCAAGCGCCCUAGGCUCUUCACGCCCCUCGCAUUCCCUCCUACCCCAAUUGCAGCGCAGGCGCAGAGCCUGGGCGUGCAGCCGCUGCCGCCGAGCCGGAGCUGGGGCCGCCAGCGCCGCAUCCCUCUCUACCUGCCGACAUCCUGCACUAGAGAACUUGUGGCUGAGGUGUGACUGUGGAAAGCUGGCCAGGGAGGGACACUGCCCCGCUGCUGCUCUGCUCGUGUCUCCUGUCCCGUCCCCUGGCCAUGACAGAGACCCGUGAGCCAGCUGAGACUGGGGGCUACGCCAGCUUGGAGGAAGACGAUGAGGACCUCUCUCCAGGCCCCGAGCAUUCCUCUGACUCCGAAUACACUCUCUCAGAGCCGGACUCUGAAGAGGAAGAAGAUGAGGAGGAGGAGGAAGAGGAGACCACUGACGAUCCCGAAUAUGACCCCGGCUACAAGGUGAAGCAGCGCCUGGGGGGGGGCCGGGGGGGCCCAUCCCGCCGGGCCCCCCGAGCAGCCCAGCUCCCGGGCCCCCCAGCCCAGCCCUGCCAGCUCUGUGGCCGCUCACCCCUUGGGGAGGCCCCACCAGGCACCCCACCUUGCCGGCUCUGCUGCCCCGCUACAGCCCCCCAGGAAGCGCCAGCCCCUGAAAGCAGGGCCCUCGGGGAGGAAGAGGAAGAGCCACCUCGGGCUAAGGAGGGCCGACCAGCUGGGAGGGAGGAGGAGGAGGAAGAGGAGGAGGAAGAGGGCACCUACCACUGUACGGAGUGCGAGGAUUCCUUUGACAACCUCGGGGAGCUGCAUGGGCACUUCAUGCUGCAUGCCCGGGGUGAGGUGUAGGCAGAGCCCCCACCCAGGGAGCUUGGCAG